AUGAGAGCUCUGACUGUGGUCUUUGCUUUGCUGUCUGUACGCAUUUGCGCGGCACUGGUGCUGCCAUCCGCGUCGCGCGGGGUGAAGCUGUUUCGCGAGCAGAGCCCUACUAACCAGGUACCCGGCGACGGAGCAUGCCUGUUCACGUCAUUGGCCGCCUGCUUGUGGUGGGCUUCUUUUGGGACGCAUCCAAAAUUUGAAGAUCGUGUGUUCUUGGACAUGAUCGAUUUCAUUCGACAGCUGGCCGUCGACACGCUGCAGGACGCGCGCAUCGUGGCACUGGCAUUGGAAGGUGACGAGGUAAUUUCCCGACAGAGUCUCGUCGAGCUUGCUGCAUCAGGCUACGGUGUCAGUCCUGAGGCGUACUGUGAGCGGAUGCGGCUGCCAACCACGUGGGGUGGCGGUCCCGAGAUUAUCGCUCUUAGCCACGCCCUGGGGCGCGUUAUCGUUGUGUAUGAGGUGGCUGACCAACUCUCCAUGACGAGAGACCCUCCUGAUUUAACACUUGCUCCUCGCGGGCAAACGAUCGGCUACGGCCAGACUCUUGGGACCUGCACUGGCUCCCCGGACACGGAAAGCUAUCAGGUCCUGAAGAUUGCUGCAUGCUUAGGGUUUCCUCACAAUAUUACGGAGGACCCUCUUCAUAUUUUAUUCGCGAGGUCUGCGGCAUGCACAAAUGGCAUACGACCAAGUGGUGGUCAGCCGGCGGAUCAUUUCCUGCCGCUGUUUCCGUGCCUGGCUCAGUAA